AUGGGCGUUGUUUCCGGUUUCUCUCCCCACUUGCAGGCGGCCAUCAAGCGAGUGUCCCGCGAUCGCAUCCCGGAGUGGGCGCGGCUGCACAGCGGCGCCCUUGUGCCCCUGGAGCUGGCGCUGCUCUGGAUGGUGUCGCGCCCUGGCUUCCGCGGCGCGGUGCGGCUCCUGGACUGGUUCGAGCUGCCCGACGGCUUCGCGCUGGUCAUGGAGCGUCCGGAGCGCUGUCAGGACCUCUGGUACUUCCUGGAGGAGCGGGCGUUCCUGACGGAGCCCGUGGCGCGGGGGCUGUUCCGCCAGGUGCUGGAGGCCGUGCGGCACUGCACCAGCCGCGGCGUCCUGCACCGCCACAUCAAGGCCGAGAACGUCCUCGUCGACCUGGCCACCGGCGAGGCAAAGCUCAUCGACUUCGUGUGCGGCACGGUCCUCCAGGACACCUUCUACACCCGAAUGUCAGGCACGUCGGAGUACAGCCCGCCGGAGUGAAUCCUCUUUGGCUGCUACCAUGGCCAGCCAGCCACCAUCUGGUCCCUGGGCAUCCUGCUCUAUGAGCUGGUCUGUGGGCACCUUCCUUUUAACACGGAUGAGGACAUCAUCCGGGGCCAGCUCUUCUUCCCGCCCCGGGUGUCUCAAGGGUGCCAGCACCUCAGGCACGGAAGCAGCACCGCUCGGCCUGCGAAUCUGGGAGGGCUGGAGGGCAGCGGGUGUUAAUUUGCAUUCAAAAAUAAAUCUUGUUCUUGUCGUUGUCA